AUGCUGUUGUCAUUGUUAUUCUUCGUAGUCCCGCAUGGAUCAAGGUUACUACGACUACGACGACGACCACCGCCGGCACCAACACCGCGACCACUACGACCGCUACGAAAGCACCAUGAACACCAUGACCAUCAUGAAACCAACCUCCACCAACUCGUCCACCUCUCCUCAGUACUACUGCUGCUACUGCUGCCACUGCCACCGGUACUGCUACUGCUACUACUAGUAGUAGUCGUCGUCGUAGUAGUAGUACUACUACUCCUCUUCCUCCUGCUGCUGCUGCUGCUGCUGCUAGCCAUUCACAGGCGCGUUCCAGAGGCAGAGCGGCAAGUCACCCUGGAGGCUUUAACGCGACGGAAGGUGGAGGUGGAGAGGGCUUUGUCUCUGCUCCCCUUCAAGAUCGAAACUGUCGGCCAGAAGCGCAGAGAGAAGGAACUCCUGCACUCUGUGGCCAUGCGCCCAGUAUCUAAUGUCUUCUUUUUCCGCUGA